AAUUGGCGAACGAGCUGCGUCUUACACAUCCCAAAGCUCCACCAUCUCUUAUCCACAUGGCGGUUUGGGUAAGAGCACGGUUCCUAUCUGCCAUUGGUGCCAUUCCGCGAGUUCCUGGGGGGUCCGUUCGAGAGGUGACUGUACCCCGGCGCGUGUCUGCUGCACGUACAUAGUACAGCGGAUCCCCUGGGUUGAGCUGUGAAUUCAUUCAUCUAUACCUAUACCAAAGGACAUGAUCUUUCUAUCUCUAUAACCUCCAUCUUCAAGGGUCCAAACUAGCAUGCUCUCUCCACAAGAACGCUCGACCUAACUCCAGGUUUCUUUAAGCAUAACUACAACUACCGGUGUCACUUGUACGGGAACGACAAAUUUUUACCUAACAUUUGGAGCACGAACAUCGGAGGACGCCGACACCCUUCAUACGAACCACCAAACAUGGGGGCCUUCUCACUGGAGUUCCAACAUGAAUUGCAACGGGAGUCCUGGGCAUUAUACGCUCUUGGUAUAGUGGUUAUUGCUCUCCGCAUAUAUGCUCGAGCAAGAAAACUUGGUCUUCGCCAUCUGGAGUUUGAUGACUACUUAAUACUCGUGGCUGCUCUGUUCUAUACACUGCUGAUCAUCACAUUGAACCUCACAGCGCAAGGUGGCGGUACAGCUCUUGCUAUGCCAGGAGAAGAUGUCUUCGCCCUGACAGCUGAGGAGAUCAAGAUCCGAGAAAAGGGAGCCAAAAUCGAUCUCGUCGCCGAACAGGCUAUGCUAAACGUGAUCUGGAUCCUCAAAGUCUGUACAUUGAAACUGUACAGUCGUCUCACAAUGGGGUUGAAACAACAGGUAGCAGUUAAGAUACUCGCUGUCUAUACUGCGAUUGGUUGGGUAGCAUGCCAACUUGCGUAUUUCUGCGAAUGUCGCCCAUUCAGCAUGUACUGGCAGAUCGCUCCAUCUCCGCCGGUCAAUUGCAUGGUCUUUUACGCCUACGCUAUCGUCCAGGGAACGUUCAACAUAUCUUCGGACGUUUUCAUGCUCAUCAUCCCCUUCCCACUCAUUUUGCAAGUCUCUAUCGGCAUCAAGCAAAAGCUUGUGCUUUUGUGUAUCUUCUCUAUGGGUAUCUUCGUUAUCAUCGCAGCCAGUCUUACCAAAGCCGAGUUCUUCCGAUCGAUCUACGCAGAAGACUAUAUGUUCUGGUACACGAGAGAGGCUUCAGUAGCCGUAUAUGUCGCCAAUCUCCCAUGCAUCUGGCCAUUGCUUCGCGAAGCUCUGCCAGCACUCAAGAGUUGGACACCAGGCUUCAUCAGCAGCUCCGCCUACAAACGCAGAGGCGCAAGCACAACAGGUCUCACAGCCCAACACCGCACUCGCAACACACAAAAGAGCAAUUUGGGACUCUCAAGAAGGUCGAUGGACGACUUCCAUGCUAUCAUCGAGCCAACAAGGCCUCAGGAGGCCAAGACGACGACAAAUGUACACACGCGCGAGAUCAACAGCUAUCACCACACACGGAGUGCGGCUCGCGGAAGCAGUAGCGAGUCGAGUGUCGAUGACUUGCCUCUGCAUGGUAUCAUGGCAUCGACUACGAUUGAGAUGUCUGUUAUGGCAUCUGAUCGCAAAGAAGACGAUCGCGACGAUGCAUCACAGUCAUCCACUCGCGCGUUCGCAUACGAUAUCGAACGAGGAUUACCUCAAGAUCAUUGAUCAUUGAUAGACAUGAUCUCCUCAGCACAUACUUUCGACUUCCAAUUUUUCUCCUUCUUUUCUUUGCACAUAUUCAGAGACCACGAUAUACCGACAGGGCAGACCAGCAUGAGGAACAGCCCAGAUCUAGAGAAGCAGAUCACUUUUUCACUUCAGACAUUAGAUAUUAGAUACCCAUUUCUUCUUCUUCUCUUUUUUUUCUUUUGGCAUUAUUGUAUAUAGCCAUCAUGGUUCGGAUAGCGACGGACCACAGCACAGGAUGAACAGCGGAAUCUGGACAAAGGGGGAAAGAGCAACACAAGAAUUUUUCAUGUAAACAAGCAAUAUUCACGGUUUCAUAAACCGACAGUCACAU